GCGAUUCAAGUUAACACCUUUUGUUGUGAAGGAAGGCUCGUGAUCCACAGGAUGCCGGUUAAGAACAUUUCGGCGGCCGUAGCUGUGAUUAGCAUAUGCGCUUUGGCAAUGGCUACCCCCGUACCCUCUCCUGGCCAUGGGCACGACCAUGGAGGCUACGGCCAUGGUCAUGGACAUGGUCAUGGUGGCUACGGACACGACCAUGGUGGCUAUGGACAUGAUCAUGGUGGCUACGGACACGACGACCAUGGAGGUUACGGCCAUGAUCAUGGGCAUGGCCAUGGUGGCUACGGACACGACCAUGGGCAUGGCCAUGGUGGCUACGGACACGACCAUGGAGGUUACGGCCAUGAUCAUGGGCAUGGUCAUGGUGGCUACGGACACGAUCAUGGAGGUUACGGCGAUGAUCACGGGCAUGGUCAUGGUGGCUACGGACACGACCAUGAUCAUGGGCAUGGCGGCUACGGGCACGGUCACGGCGGAUACGGCCAUGAUUGGUAAAGAGAAGAGGCGAAUAACUAUAAAUCGAAGGGGAUCGUUUUCACCUUAAUAAUAAUACAGGGUGUCCAUAAAGUCCCACUACCAUUCUG